GAAUAAUUCAACAACAGGCCCGGAUAUGGCUGCCCGCGCCGGCAACGCAUGACGUCGGCGAUAUCGGAGUCUCUCCCCCAGACAGAUAAAUCCACUACCUUCGCCUCCACAGUUUCAUUUCCUGGAAAAGACGAUGAGGGCGAAACUUGUAUAUACCACGGAUUCAGCAUGUCCGAUAUUCAUGCAAAAGAUCACGCAGAGACGCCCAACCAGAGACUGUCGCCGACAGACACCACUUCUUCAGGCGGACUCUCGCGCGACCUUUCUCGCCAAACCACAAAUCCGGAGUACGGUGACCUCGUUCCAGACCCGGGACAAGAUGGGCAAAGCGAAAAGACUAGGAGAGACACGAGCGCUUCACGGUCGCGCACUUCGGGUCGUGACUUGACCUUGACUCGGACUGUAACUCGACGUGAGACUGUCUUGUCUAGGAUACGAACACGGCCACCAAUUGGAAUCUUCUCUCACCCAUUAGAGCACCAGAAAACCACAGUUGAAGAUCUCGUAGAUUUCGAUGGUUUGGAUGAUCCGUACAGGCCACUCAACUGGGCGAUGAAGAAGAAGGUGAUUACCACGGCCCUUUAUGGAUUUACAACCAUGACUGCAACUUGGGCUUCUUCUGCCUACAGCCCCGGCACAAGGCAAGUGGCAGAGCAAUUCGGUGUGGGCAUGCAGACUGCCACGUUGGGAACGACACUGUUCCUGUUCGCCUUCGGUAUUGGCCCGCUGCUCUGGGCACCUCUGUCCGAAGUGUAUGGUCGAAAGAAUGCUGUGCUGCCGCCUAUGUUUGUCGCCGCUUGUUUCUCGUUUGGUACUGCGGCAGCCAAGGACAUCCAAACCAUCAUGAUCACCAGGUUCUUUGCCGGAUUCUUUGCAUCUGCUCCCGUGACGAACACGGGCGGCGUCUUGAGCGACCUCUUUCCCUCAUCUCAAAGAGGCAUUGCCAUUGCUUCGUACGCUAUGGCUGUAGUCAUAGGACCUGUCUUCGGACCAAUUGUCGGUGCAGCCUUGGUCGUCCAACCAAGUCUGCGCUGGCGGUGGACGGAGUAUUUGACGGGUAUCAUUCAACUAUUCGUCUUACUCCUGGACAUCAUAUUUCUUGACGAGUCUUAUCCUCCCCGCCUGCUGGUCUACAAGGCUCGUCGGUUGCGCCAUCAGAGUGGAAAUUGGGCUUUACAUGCCAAGUUUGAGGAAUGGGACGUGUCAAUCAAAGAGCUGGCGAGCAAGUUCUUAAUCCGACCCUUUCAGCUCUUGCUGACACCUAUCUGCGCGCUGGUGGCUUUGUAUGCAAGUUUCUGCUACGGUAUCUUGUACAUGCAGCUUGGCGCCAUCCCAAUCAUCUUUGCAGAGCACCGGCAUUGGAAGGAGUUCCCUUCAUUAUUGCCUUUCUUAGCGAUACUCCUGGGCGCGGUCUCUGGUGCAGCCAUCAAUGUCUACAAUCAGAUCAUUUACAACCGGAAGUCCGGUGGGAAGGUGGCCCCUGAAUUGCGCCUCCCACCGAUGAUGUUUGGGUCAUUUUUGUUCAGCUCUGGUGAGUUCCGUACUGGCUUCAUGGCUAGACUCAGAUUGCUGAUAUAGGCUAGGUAUGUUUCUUACGGGCUGGACGGCAGAUCCCAAGUUUCAUUGGAUCGCCCCAGUCAUAGGCCUCUACAUGACCGGUCUUGGAUUCUUCACAAUCUUCCAAGCAGCACUCAACUACCUCGUCGACACUUUUCAGCGAUAUGCUGCGAGCGCGGUGGCCGCCAAUAGUAAGUCAAGCCAUUCCAAGUGUGCGACCGGUCGUACUAAGCAAGCUCCCAGCCUUUUUGAGAUCAUGUUUUGCCGCAGCAUUUCCUCUUAUUGUGACCCCAUUGUACGAUCAUGUUGGCAUACCGUGGGGGACGAGCAUAUUCGCCUUCUUCGCAGUGGCAUUAAUUCCGGUGCCAUUUUUCUUCUUCACAUUUGGCAAGAGGAUCAGGCAGAGUAGCAAAUGGAGCAGGUUCUAGACUGUUUUCACUGGGCAAAGAAUUAGAAGUCCAAAUCGAGACGAACAUGUUUCUGUUUCCAAAUCAACAGGUACUUUAAUUCCACCUUCUUGUGACGUUCUAUCGAAGCCAGAAGCGAAAAUACGAAGAUUCAUCAUGAUUG